UUUCAGCCCGAACGGGACUUCGGAUGAAAGUGAGAUUAGUGUCUUUGUGAACAGAGCAACAGAAAAUGAAUCUAGCUAUGUUUCUGUACUUUCUCCUUUAUACAACAGCGUACUGUAGUGUAGGAUUUGCGCAGAGUGUGAGACGACAAGAUAGUUACUGUGGUGUUCCUAACAAUUCAACCAAUUCUCUUGGUCGCAGCAACUUAAAAGAAAAUCCCUGGGACGUUAUACUGCUUCGAAUCCUGACCACACGAUGGAAACCUUUCUGCUACGGAGUUCUGGUUAGCGCUAAACACGUGAUCACCCAAUCCUUGUGUACAACAGGACUAUCUCCAAACCAGCUGCAGAUAUUUGCAGGACGGCUCCGGGAUGAAGAAAACGGAGAAGUUUGGGAGACAGUUCGGGAUAUUCUCAUCCCUCCUCUUCUCAUUCCUGUAAAUAUCAGAGUUCUGGUUCUAGACGCUAAACUGGAUUUAUAUUCGUUUCCGAACAUCAAACCCGUCUGCUUACCCUGGGUCUCACAUUCAUUUUCAUUCAUUGGAGAUAAAGGAUAUGUAUCAACUGCUGAUAUCAGAUAUGAUGUAAGUAUCAGAGAAAACAAUAUGUGCUCUCUUUGGGGAAGAAAAUCCUUGAAUAGGAUCUGUGCUAAAGGAGAAUCUCGGCAUAGAUGUGGUUGGGUCCCUGGAACCCCUCUCAUGGUUUAUGAUCCUAGUAACCAUGGAGCUGUGACUCUCCUCGGAAUAUCGGAAUGUAGUUCAUCUUCUUGUUGCGCGGAAGAAUUAUAUUCCGUAUUCGCGGAUGUUACUCAAGUCAUUUUUUGGCUGAAACAAGUUAUAAGUACAGAAGAUACAUUGCCACCUAAACCUUUUAAAGUUUUAGAACCAACAUUCACAACAACAAAAGCUACGACUACAACUACAACUACAACUACAAAAGAAACUACAAGCACUAGGAUCAUCUUAACAACAACUGCAGCAACAGCUUUAUCUACAACAGCAGGCCCAGGACAGAAUUUAACAACCCCUGAAUGUGUCAGUUCAGAUAUUCUUGUCGAAUCCUUAAACACUGUGAUUAAACGACUUAGCAGCACUAUUGUAUAUCUUAAUUCGCAGCUAGACUAAAUUGAUCAAAUCAUUAAUUCACAAUUCAAAUAAAUAUAUCAAAUCUUAAA